CAACUCUGUUACUUAGCUCUUGUCCUGCUAUGUUUUGUAGACCAGUGAGCCUAGCAGAAAUCGAUUAAAAUAAUACGGAGCAGCCAAUUGCACUCGAUCAAUAUCAAUAGAAGUGACAACUCCAUCUCUGGUCUCCCAGACUCCCACGCCUAUAAUCUCAUUCCCCUCCUUCAAAGCCCUCUGGCGAUCGAGAUUCUUCCCCCUCCGUCUCCAGGUAUACCCAUCGGAGCAGCACAGACAAGAGUUCUCCUGAUAUGGCAAACAAAAGGAUUCAGAAGGAACUCAUGGAUCUGCAAAAGGACCCACCGACAUCAUGCAGUGCAGGGCCAGCUGGAGAGGAUCUAUUCCACUGGCAGGCCACAAUCAUGGGUCCUAGCGACAGCCCCUAUGCAGGAGGGGUUUUCUUUGUUAAUAUCCAUUUUCCUCCUGACUACCCGUUUAAGCCUCCAAAAGUGAACUUCCAAACAAAAGUUUAUCACCCGAACAUCAACUCUAACGGGAGCAUCUGCCUUGAUAUCCUCAAGGAGCAGUGGAGCCCUGCACUGACCAUAUCAAAGGUCCUCCUCUCCAUCAGCUCGCUUCUGACUGACCCCAACCCAGACGACCCCCUCGUCCCCGAGAUCGCCCACAUGUACAAGAACCAGAGGCCGCGCUACGAGGAAACCGCACGGGCCUGGACCCAGAAGUACGCGAUGGGCUAGCUGAUUCUGUCUCGCCGAACAAUACUGUCACUGGCAAGAAGAUCAUCAUCACGAUGUUGUAAGAAUUAAGUUGAACCGGUUUCCCCGUCGUGUGAUGGUAUUAAGACCAAAGUUCUUGUGCGUGUACAGUACUUUUGAAGCUGGAUAGUCUGAAUCCUGUGCCAGAACCAAAGGUCUUCGCUUUGUUCCCUGAAGAGCGUUUGUGACCAUAGAAUCUGCAUGCGUAACCUUGCCAGCCAAGAAAACAGUAGCUGCUUGUAUGAUGUCGAGAUGAUAUAGUUCAGAUGGGUGGAACCGUGCAGAUGAAACAGUCCAGUGGUCUUGCGUUCAAAACAUGUCGUCUGCACCGCAUGGUUCAGAUGGAGCGUUCCUUGUUGCCUGCCGAA